AUUCCGAGUUUUAUUCCGAGUUCUCAGGUUUAACAGUUUAGACUGGCCUCAACGAAAGCAUUUGUUCUUUCCUCUCGCUCGAGAGGCUAUUUCCAUGGAGGUUGGGUCCGACCUCGCCGAGGAGCUCCUAUGCGUGGAGGCGGAGCUGCAGGAUGUCCAAGAUCAGAUUAAGUUACUGCUUGACCGCCAAGAGAGGCUAUGCGACAGGCAGUCUGAGUUGAGGGCCUUAUUGGAUCAGUGCAAGGAAUCUGAAGCUACUGAAAAUGAUAACAUUUCAGCAGAAGAUUGGUCAGGGGCAUUUGAAUGGGACUCUCUUGCCGAUGAUACUCGAUUCAAUGUUUUUGGUAUAUCUUCAUAUCGAGAAAAUCAACGCGAAAUUGUAAAUGCCAUCAUGAGUGGAAGAGAUGUUUUGGUUAUAAGCGGUGGCGGCAAGAGCCUCUGUUACCAACUUCCUGCUGUUCUUCAGGACGGAGUUGCCCUUGUUGUCAGUCCUUUGCUCUCCCUUAUUCAAGAUCAGGUUAUGGGACUAACAGCUUUGGGCAUUCCAGCCUAUAUGUUGACUUCUACCACCAGUAAGGAUGAUGAGAAGUUUAUAUACAAAGCUCUUGAGAAAGGCGAUGGAGAUCUGAAAAUAUUAUACGUUACACCUGAAAAGAUAUCUAAGAGCAAGCGAUUUAUGUCUAAGCUUGAAAAAUGUCACCAUGGAGGGCGUCUAUGUCUGAUAGCAAUUGAUGAAGCACAUUGCUGCAGUCAGUGGGGCCAUGAUUUCCGUCCUGACUACAAGAACCUUGGUAUCUUAAAGAUUCAAUUUCCUAACGUUCCCGUGAUAGCUUUGACUGCAACAGCCACCUAUAAGGUGCAGACUGAUCUGAUGGAGAUGCUGCACAUCCCCAAAUGUGUUAAAUUUGUGAGCACUGUUAACAGACCCAAUCUAUUCUAUAAGGUGCAUGAGAAGUCAUCAGUUGGAAAGGUGGUUAUUGAUGAAAUUGCUGAUUUUAUACGAGGAUCUUAUCCAAAUAAAGAGUCUGGGAUAGUUUAUUGCUUCUCUAGGAAGGAAUGUGAACAGGUUGCAAAGGAAUUGCAUGAGCGUGGGAUUCUAGCAAAUUAUUACCAUGCAGACAUGGAUGUAGUUGAACGAGAGAAAGUUCAUCUACGCUGGAGUAAUAACAAGUUGCAGGUUAUUGUUGGCACGGUGGCAUUUGGGAUGGGAAUUAAUAAGCCAGAUGUCAGGUUUGUCAUUCACCACAGUUUAAGUAAGUCAAUGGAGACAUACUAUCAGGAAAGUGGUCGAGCUGGGAGAGAUGGACUUCCUUCAGAGUGCGUAUUGUACUUCAGACCUGGUGAUGUUCCACGUCAGAGUUCUAUGGUCUUCUACGAGAAUUGUGGACUGCAAAAUCUGUAUGAUAUGGCGAGAUACUGCCAGUCUAGGAAAACCUGCAGACGAGGUGCUUUCUUUCGGCAUUUUGGGGAGCCUCUACAGGACUGCAAUGGAAUGUGUGACAACUGUGCAUAUGAAAAGGAGCUCAAGGAAGUAGAUGUCACUUAUCAUGCAAAAGUUUUAGUCUCGUUACUACACGACAUUCAAGAAAAUGAUCAGAGGGCAACAAUGUUGCAGUUAGUGGACAAAUUCAAAGGGAAGAUGAAGGAAUUAGGUAAAUCAGCAAACCCACUUCCAGAUGUUAAGAAAGAAGAGCUUGAGCAGUUGAUAAUUCAGCUUAUAUUAGACCGUGUUUUGAAAGAAGAAUUUCAACAUACAGCCUAUGCUACCAAUGCAUAUGUUGCAUUGGGACCACUUUGGAAGCAAGCAUCUCAAGGAAAAAGAACAGUUAAGCUUGAGAUAUGCAUCAGACAGUUGCAUGAGAAGAAUGGCUCCUUAAAAGAUUUGAAACGAUGUCAAUUAUCGGUACUGGAAACUAAGCUUGAUGAACUACGGAAGGAAUUAUCUUUAAACCACGGAGGAAUAUUCCCUCAUGCUGUCCUAUCUACUCAACAAAUCAACAUGCUGAGCACCAAAAUACCAAAAUCCAUAAUGGAGCUGGAGAAGCUAGUUGGAAAGGUAAAGACAGAAAAAUACGGUGCUAGGAUUAUUGAUCUGAUACAGCAGUACAUGGAUGAGGACCAACCUAAUGGUGCAGCUACAGAAGCUGGAGAUAGUGAAAAUAUCAGAAAGAGGAGGCCAGCUGAAAGCAGUGACAACAAAGACAAUAAGAGGCAGAGAAAGAAAAAGGCUCUGGUCCUUAUUGAAAGCAGCGAGGAGGAAGAUCGUUGACCAAGGGGUCAAUUUUAUUUGGAUAAUGAAUACAGUUUUGAGAGGGGCAAAAAAGUUUCAAGUUAUUGUAAAGUGGUAGGACAACUCGAUUGCCAUAUCAUCUUUCUAAUGCUAAUAUACUUGAACUAGUUGGAAGAGAUUUCGAAGUUUUUGAGAAGCAGAAAGAAAGUUGGAGGGCCCAGAUGCCUGUAAAUAUAUAUAUAUAUAUAUUUGCCCCCUUGAAUCAGAGCAGUCUAUGCCAAUCAUAUUUCAUUAUUUACCAUUUGACUUUGUAGCAGCACGGGGGCUAAUGCAGUUUCGCCGACUGUAGCGUCUGAAUCCAGAAGCACGCGUGUUGAUCUUCAAAUCUUUUUUAUGUGAAAAGAUGUACGCUUAUCAUUUAUCAAGCUCUUAUUCUUAUCUUUUUACUGUUUUGGAUGUCACCAUUGAGCGAAUAUUUGAACUCUACUUUGAGAUCUUGAAAUUGUGAUCGAUGUAAGAACGGUCUCAGAUGCAAUGUACGGUUUUUGCUGGUUCUAUA